UGUGAGUUAACAGCAUCACUUUACAUCAGCCUGUCCGAGGCAGACCCGAAGGACUCGUUGGUCUCUGUAAACAAGUGUGUGACGCGUCGAUGUGUAAUUACGAGAAGCGUGUGGGAUGUCAUUCACUAAUACAGAAGAAAGACAUUCAAUUGCCGCAGUAAUUGGGAGAAUUCUAGUAUUAUAAUCUUGGAAUUAACAACGGGCAGUGCCCACUUGUAGAGAGCCUAACCUCGAACAAUAACAGGCUGGAAAGAUGGGGAAUAUGUGUAAUGACUGUAUGGCCAGAGUGCCAUAUGCGACUCUUAUUGCAACCAUAAUGUGUUGUUUAGGAGUGGGCAUAUUCUGCGGCACAAUGUAUAGAGGCGUUACACUGGGUUCUUUAAUGAUGGAUCAGGUGUUUCACUUACGGCUUGGAUGGUUAGAAGCCGUACAAUUGACUUUUGCAACAAUUGGUGCUAGCAUGGCAGCUUUGGGUUUUAUGAUAUUAUGUGUCGGUUGUCUCGCAACUGGAGCCACAAGACACAAAGUCUAUCGUGCGUGGAGGUCCAGAGUCGGUGGGCGUAUUUCCUGUGCAGUUUUUAUGACGAUCACGUACAUCCUACAAUUAGGCUGGCUCUUGAUAUUCGCAUUCUUAGUCAUAAUUACUUGGAUAUUCACUAUAUUCUGGGGACUGUGCAGUAAUCCUAGAGUUCAGUCUCUCGAUCAAUGCAUUGACUUCACUCAGUUCAGUUUCAUAUUUCCAAAUAACACUAGAGUUGAAGACAUGAAGGUAUGCGGACCACAAGAGGUGAAACUGUUUUGUAAAGAUUUUGUUGAAAAAGCAGAGGUGAUGUUUAUCUUGGCAACAGUGGCCGCAAUGUUGGUUGUGUUAAGUCUUAUACACUAUUUAAUGUGCCUAUCCGCCAAUUACGCGCAUAUUCGAGACCAUGAAAAGUUCCAAGAAUUGCAGGAACUUCAGUGCCUGCAAGAUCCAGGAGAUCCAGAUUCUCCUCAACCUGGAAUUGGCAAGAUGGGUUUGCCACGUACCAGUGGUAAGACAAAGGAGGUAAAUCUCUGUAGCCUUUGAUCUUGUCACCCAGUAUACCAGUGGACCAAAGA